AUGGUCUCCUCCAAGCUGUUCACUGGCGUUCUUGCCUUGCUGUUCGUUGGCGCCGCCAACGGCAAAGUGUGCUAUCCAACUCGUUCCACUACGUUGUCAACAACGGCUGAGGCUACCACCUCGACUGCUGAGUCUUCGACGGCUACCGAGUCAUCAACGGUCGAGACUACCACGUCUUCAUCGAUUGAAAUCAGCACAUCUUCUACCACCGAGUCCUCAAGCGUCGAAACUACCACUGCUUCAACUACUGACUCCUCAUCUGCCGAAACAACCACAUCCUCCGCUACCGAAUCCACAACGGCUACAUCGACUGUCAGCACUGAUGCGACAACCACUGCGACAACCUCUUCAGCUGAAGCAUCUUCAACCUACAUCACCAUCACUUCCACCACGGCAAGCUCGACCGAGACCGAGACUGCAAGCACGUCCACUUCGACCUUCUUCCCUGCUGGCCUAUUCCCAUGUCAAAAUGAUGCGGACUGCGACCUGCGUGGCGGCGUGUGCGAUCCCAUGCGCUGCGGCUGCAUCAACCUCAUGUGCUACCUCAAGACGACGACGAUGGCGACAAUGACCACCACCGCCUUGCCCGAGUUUGCAUGUGGUAGUGAUACCCAAUGCGUGGGUGCUUCGUUCUGUUUGGAUCAGGGAGCCAACAUCUGCGCCUGCGUCAACGCUCUUUGCAUCGUGACGAUGCUCCCUUUGCCAUAA